UGCUAUUGGAGACGAGACGGAAAGCAGGAAGUGGCAGGAGUAACAGCUGAGGGUAGUUUUGGGGUUUCGAGGAGAUUUGUGUUCGCCAAACGGGGCAAUAUUUCACUCUAUAUAAGGACAUAUAAAACUACACUGAAAAAGGAAAGACUUAAGUACAUGCUGAAGUUCUGAGUUCAGUCACAGCAGAUGUCAUGAGUCGCAGCAGGAAUCCUCCACAAAAAGGCCAAGGAGCCGCUCGAGCCAAGCAGAUGGGUUUACUCUUGGAUCUGUCUCCGGACGCUGCCCUAGAAGACUCUGGUGGAAAUGAAGAAGCGUUAGAGGCAGAGCUUCUUAGUCUGAUUGGAGGAGGUGGCAGGGGCAAGCAGCCUGGAAAGAAAGAGGGUGGGAAAGCUCCUGUCCCCAUGGAGGACAUUGAGCGCAUGGCCGCCCUGUGCAUGAAAGACCUGGACGAGGAAGGAGCAGACGAUGAAGACCUGGAAAACGAUGCCGAACUCCUGGCUGAACUGAACGAGGUUCUGGAGGAUGAUCAUGAGGAACCAGCUGCUCCAGUCCUAUCUCAGCACUCAAACGCAACCCCCAAAUCCACCUCCACUACCCCGAGUGGUGCAGGUGGAAUGGAGUCCCUCCUGCAGGAGCGUAUCAAUAUGUACCAGGCGGCAAUCACCAACGCAAAAGCUUCAGGAGAGAGCAGCAAGGCUCGCAGAUACGAGCGUGGACUAAAGACUCUACAGUCCAUGUUGGCAUCUGUGAAAAAGGGAAAAUCCAUUAACGAGGAGGAGAUCCCACCCCCAGUCGCUGCCGGGGUUAAACCCACCACCGCACAGGAAGAACCAGUCAGAGAACAGGAAAAGCCUGCUCCAGAUUCCAAACCACCACCAAAGACUAACGAGAAGCCGCUGCAGGAAGCACAGACUUUAGCCCCGCCCAAAACUCAGGUCCUGCAGCCACCCAUUCAGAAAACACCGGCUGUGACACCAGAUACACCAGCUAUAUCACCCUUAACUCCCAUAAAGCCCAGUGUACAGCAUUCAGAGCUGAAGGCCAGUGUGUUGAGCAGGCAAAGGGAAUAUAAACUGGCCGCUAUUCAAGCUAAACAGAGUGGAAACACAGACCUUGCCCGGCAACACCUUGUCAUCGUCAAGAAGUUGGACUCUGUGGUUGAGGCGAUUGACAGAGGAGAGCAUGUUGAUGCCAGCUCACUGCCACCCCCUCCUGGGGAUGUUACAGUUGAGCGUUCUCCUCCACCUGCACAAUCUGCAUCUGUUAAACCCACCUCCGUUCCUCCACCUGCUGAUGCUCCAGCACCUGAAGCUUCCCUUCCUGCUCCCCGUAACCUGGCUGAGGCCCUACAGCAGCGCAUGGACAAAUACAAAAGUGCAGCUGAGAGCGCCAAGAGCAAAGGAGAUGACCGAAAAGCUCGCAUGCACCAGCGUAUUGCUAAGCAAUAUCAAGAUGCCAUUAAGGCACACAAAGCGGGACGACCUGUCAACCUAGCAGAGCUACCAGUACCACCAGGUUGUCCUCCUCUACAGGGUGCAGAAAGCACAGAGCAAAACUUCCUGGGUGUCCUGGAAACGGCUGUGAAAUUGGCCAAUCAGGAUGCAGAUGCAGGGGAGGAUGAUGAUGAUGACUCAGAGGAAGCAGGGACAAAGGCUGCUGUGCGUCCUGUUGCUCAGAAAGCCCGAGCCCCUGCACCCGCACACUCCUCCUCCCCCACAGACGCCUCCAAACUGCCACCUAGAGCCCAGCAGCAGCUGGAAUUCCUGCUCCGUCGCAGGCAGCAGUUUGUUAAAGCGGCCCUGCGCUCGAAACAGAUGAAGGAUGUUCAGGGAGCAUCUCAGCACCUGCGCAACGCUAAGGGACUCGACCCCAUGAUCACGGCAGCUAAAGGAGGCCUGCCUGUCGAUAUCAGCAAGGUUCCCAGUGCCCCAGUAUGUGAGGAAGACUACACUCUCUCUCAGGCUCGCUCAUCCUCUCAAUCGUCCCGCUUGUCCCAGCAGUACACUCAGCUCAUGGAGCGCCUCAGGCAGCAGCACGAGAAAUGUCUGAGCUACUCACAGCAGUUCACUCAAAUGGGCAACAUGGCCGAGACCAUAAGAUUUGAGAAGCUGGCAGAGGAGUGUAUGAGUAAUAUUGAACUGUUAAAGAAAGCUCACGCUAAAGGCUAUCCUGUCCCAGGCCACCACACAGAGGAGAGAACCAUCAACACUGUCAAGAUUUUCCCUAAUUUGACAGCCAGUGAGAUGGAGCUAACAAUCGUAAAAGGAAUUAACCUACCCACUCCAGGAUUUUCAGCCAGUGAUUUGGACGCUAGUGUGCGCUUUGAGUUUCCCUUCCCCACUUCGGAAGAAGCUCAAAGAGACAAAACCAACACCGUGAGAAGCACCAACUGCCCAGAGUUCAAAGCCUACUUUAAGUUGCACAUCAACCGAACACACCGAGGCUUUAAGAGGGUGGUGCAGACUAAAGGCAUCAGGUUUGAGGUCAUCCACAAAGGUGGUCUCUUCAAGAAUGAUAAGGUGGUGGGAAAUGCUCAGCUGAAACUCGAAGCACUGGAGAAUCAGUGUGAGAUCAGAGAGAUUAUAGAUGUGCUGGAUGGUAGGAAGUCAACAGGAGGGAAGCUGGAGGUGAGGGUGAGGAUUCGGGAACCACUGGGUGGGGUCCAGCUUCAGUCUGUUACAGAGAAAUGGAUCGUAGUGGAUCCACCAGCCGUCACCCCCGACAGAGAGAGAGUAAGAGAACGGGCUCCUUCACCAAAAUCCAAACCUCGCAACGAUCAAGGAAAGAGCAGCCAUUCAAGACUCUCACCUCCCCAAUACAAACUCCACAGCUUCAGCCUCCUCAACUAUGACAAAGAAAGACUAGAGAGAAAGAUCGGUGAUUAUAAGAAAAAUAGACGGGAUCCACCACCAGAUCUGCUGAAUCAGCAUAAAGAGAUCUGCCACCGACUACACUGGCAAAAAUCCUACCUUGAGAGAGGAUCCUCAUCAGUGUUAGCAGAGUAUGAUGGUGUUUUAAGUAAAUUCGCUCAUGGUCUUGCUGAUUCUGUGAAGAAGUUUUCCAGUGAAGGCAACAGGGACGCAGCUAAAGAUGCUCUAGGACGGCUUAAGAUGGUGGAGGCUGAGAUGGAGUCUCUGAGGAGGAAGCGUGCUGCAUGAACAUGUACAGGAGGUGGAACUUCGCUGUGCGUUGGAAAACUGUUCUCACAUGCAGAAGCAGUCAAUAACACACAUGUUCUGCGUGUACUUCAUUUCCUCUCCUCUUCCUUACAGACAGAUCUUAAACGUCACACACUUCUCUGUAACUUCACUCCUCUUCUCUCUGUAUAGACCCUUAAACAAACACUCCUGAUAUUUUAGCCCAGGCUCUGAAUCACCUGAGAUCCCCUGGACUACUUUACUGAAAAAAUAUUCUCUCUGACUAUAUGGAAGGCCAACAAGGUCAUGAGUUAUUACAUUUGUUUACUGCAGUUCAGAUGUGUAACUCUGCGUAUGUAAAUCAGUUCUGCAGCACAUUUAAUUGAUAUGCGGCAGAACUUUAAAACAACACUACAGUUCCCACCCACAAACACUUCUCAUUUGCUAUCGAGAGGGCAGUACCGUAGGCUAACUCCUGAGUUUUCUCCAGCCUUAUUCACGCAGUUUGUUAGCUCAGUAACAAUUUUUAUUUCAAAGAGAAAUGAAAGGAAAAUGGCACAGGACAAAAUUGGUAACACAUGGCCUCUGUGGGCGUCCAUAAGAUCAGGGUGAAACGACUGCAGCGUCAUAUUUAUGAAGUACUAAUUAAUGUUUUGAAUGUUUUUGAGUCAUGUGACUCAGGGCUUUUAUAACGCAACAGUUUUGCCUAAAAUGAAAUGUACACGCUACAAGACAUGUUUACUUAUUUACUAUAAAGCUAAUUUAGCUAACAAGAAAAGGAAGUUUUUUUCCCCCCAAAUGUUGCUAUGUGAAUCUAAUUUCGACCGUUUUAUUUCAUUUCAAACGGUCAAACUUUAGGCCACACCUCCUUCCUGAGCAAUGUUUUUAUCUCUAUAAUUUUAUUUAGUCUGUUCUGAUCACAGGGUCACUGCUCAUGAGCGUCUUGGCAUUAAAAAGGUCAUUGUGUACAUUUAGUUUUUGGCCAAACUGCUUCUUUAGCGAUCAUUUGCACAUUUAAUGAGACGUGCAGCAAUACUGCAGCUUUUCGGAUUCUCUCCAUCUGCCAUCCGUCUCCGUGCUCCAUGUGCCUUGUGUGAGUGUGUGUGUGUGUGUGUGUGAGAGUGUGUGUGUGUGAAUGGUGUAAAUCCUUAUAGAGAGCAUAUGAAGAAUAAUCUGUUCUCUGCACCGAAUUCUGCUUAAUCCUUCCUGUGUGCAGCUCAGCAUGCAGUGAUAUGGGGAUAAUGCUAACACUCCACAAGUGAAGUUUAAGGGUUGUGAAUAGAAGGUUGUGUAUUUAUAUAGAGGAGGGGAAAGGAUCACAGCCCAUAAUCAGGGAUUAACCCUCGUCUAGUUGUCCAGGUGAUCUUUGAUCUCCAGGGGAGUGAUAAAGCGAACAAACUGACUGGGAUGUUUCAUAACCAGUGUUUGGAUAAAACAACAAAAAUCCAGAGGAGCCAUGCAUCAUCAUUAUUAUUAUUAUUAUUAUUCUUAUUAUUAUUAUUAUUAUCAUUAUCCUCUAUCAUUACUGCAGUACACAAAAACUAUGCUAGCUACCUAGUAUCAGUGUGGUACACUCUGGAGCUUUGGAGCUUUGGUUGCCUACGUGAUGGUGAUCGUUUGCACAAAUAACGCAUGGCCUCUCAGGAUUUCUGUACGUAACUGAAGCCAUAUCAGGUUCCAGCUCUCAGUUGUGUGCUCUUCCACCUCUCAGCACACCUGAGCCAGGUGAUCAGGUGCAGAUUGUGGCCUUUGGAGACUAUAUAAAGGGGAAAUGAGGGUAGUAAACGCAAUGCCAGCGCUCGUGAGAAUAGAACAUAUUAGAAAAUAUUUGGGAAAUUGAUUCGUUUUGCUACAAAGUACUUCAGAUCUUUGUGCUCUUGAAGCUAACUAGUUAAUCAUGUUAGAAGCUCAUCAAAGGGCUGAGCUCCACAGCAGCAUAUCCCAGCAUCAUUAUCUAAAACCUGACAGAGAACACCAAUGUGAAGUACAUGCAAACGAUAUUGAAGCUAACAUUGUACUUUUAUUAUACAAUGCUAAUAUGACAUACCGCUGUUUUUAGCGUUUGUUUCUGUGCGAUCCGUCUUUUCUGAACAUGGGCGAGAUGCGUUUAAUGCGUCUCUUUGCAAGACCCAUUGAACUUGUGUGUCAGCUGAGGGGCGCAUUUACAUCACAGAUGCACUCUUUCUACCUCCUUUCUAAUUCAGCAGCUAGUUACCGAGACCUUCGUGAGCUGAACCUGUGGUGUCUGACACCCGGGUUUGACUCUUCUAAUGUAGCUCAUUUCCUGUCUAUCAGUGUGACGCUAAAAUUGCACUUCUUUUCAACGUAUUAAACUUGUAGCCUAAUAAAUCUUCACUUUUUACUACAUAGCCAUUUUAGCUGUAGAGUUUUUGACAGUUUCCCUGUUAGCGCUGCAUCCUUGUGGUUCUGUGGCCCCACACUCUCAGUUCACUGGCCACAUCCAAUUAGGUUCUGAAUGUUACAGUAGUAAUAACUGGCAAAAACACAGAUUCAUAAAUGUAGCAUGAAGCAAAAAAGCAGUACAAUAAGAUGAGGCCUGCAGUCACUGGUUUGUUACACGUUUAUCCGUGUGUUCGAUGACCAAGUGGUCAUUUUAUUACUUGGAUUUGACAGGAAAUUAACUGCAUUAAAGUGUCAUUACAAGUAAACACACAUGCACAGGAAAUCCCUGUUCCUGCAGGUAGCAUGAUAUCAGGAAAGUGUUGGUAGGUCACCAUCUAGGUUCCAGCAGGACAAUCAUGAAUUUUCCGUCUCCUUCUCACAUUCACUACAAGCCUCAGCAGAUACGACUGUGUGUAACUGUGUAGAAAAAUCCUGUGAUUCUGUGGUUUGUUUCAGAUUCAUUCCUAAAUGGAUCACCUGGUUGAGCAGCAGUUUUCUUCAUGGAUUUGGGGAAAGCACCAUGUACAUACAUCGCAUACACGAUUACUGCACAAAACCAACUUGUACGUGCAUGAAGCUGCUUCCUCACAUACGUCGUUUCUGUCCUGAGGUUUUACGACAAAACGUUUGACAUGGUUUUGGGAUUAUAAUAUUUCUUUCCCUUCUUUUCCACACAUUUUCCUCUAUAAUAUUUAAUAAUAAUAAUGCAAUCAGUACAGAUGUAUGUAUUAAUGUAUGUGGUGUAUCAUUGGCAGUGACCCUGUAACACUGGAGCCGGGGUGUUUUUGGGCACAUGUUGUAUGUUGACUCAAUUAAAGUGUGUAAAGUG